AUGGUUCAGUGUAGCAACAAUCUUCUCGGAAUCCUCAAUUUCUUCACCUUCCUCCUCUCAAUCCCAAUUCUCUCCGCCGGGAUCUGGCUCGGGAAAAAUGCAGCCACCGAGUGUGAGCGUUUCCUCGACAAACCAAUCGUCGUUCUCGGAAUCUUCCUCAUGUUCGUCUCCAUUGCCGGACUCGUCGGAGCUUGUUGCCGUGUCUCUUGCCUCCUAUGGCUUUAUCUCUUCGCUAUGUUCCUCCUCAUACUCCUCGGUUUCUGCUUCACCAUCUUCGCUUUCGCCGUCACAAAUCGUGGCGCCGGAGAGGUUUUGUCUGAUCGAGGGUAUAGAGAGUAUCGCGUCGGCGAUUACUCAAAUUGGUUGCAGAAACGAGUCUCCAAUGUUAAGAAUUGGGAUCGGAUCAAGAGCUGUUUGAUUUACUCCGACGUGUGUUCCACUUUUAGCAGUCGCUACGCUUCCGUCACCGUUACCCAGUUUUACAAGACCAGCCUCAAUGCCCUUCAGUCUGGUUGCUGUAAGCCGUCCAACGACUGUAACUUCACGUAUAUUGGCCCAACUAAUUGGACAAAGACCGCUGGUCCAUACACAAACGAGGACUGUAACGUCUGGGACAACAAACCUGGAACUCUAUGCUACGACUGCCAAGCCUGCAAGGCCGGUCUCCUCGACAACAUCAGGAACUCGUGGAAAAAAGUCGCUCAGGUGAACAUUGUCUUCCUCGUAUUCCUUAUUAUCGUCUACUCUGUUGGUUGUUGCGCCUUUAGGAACAACAGGAAACGCAGUUGGUAUUAG